AUGCAGAUGCACGAGUACCACUUUGACGGCGACAACGUCCUCAAACUACCACGACCUCGAGACGUGCAUCGAAAACCGCGUCGGCACGAUCUGCGCGGUGAUCGACUGCAGACCAAGUCGUUCAAGAUCGGCGGCAAAGCUGGCGUUCGUGAGCAUGAUGAAACGCAAGGGUGGGGCGUUUUCCAGCGUAAGACACUGGCGGUGGCUAGACAGUCACGAGGAGUACGCGGUGCGGUACAGCAACUCCACGGAAACGUGGUCGGUGCGUGUGGACAGCGACAAUACCACUCUGGCAGAGCUCCGAUCCUGCAUCGUAUCGUUUUCAACUACCAAGUUCCCUGUGGUCCGCCUCAGCCCCCUCGUGCGGACCGAAGACGAGCGCCUGUUCCUCCUCCUCAUUAUGCUCUACUCCGAAGCGAGGCGUCUCGACAGAGAGGCUUGAAUAUCCACGCCUCUGCCUUGGAAGACACCUCAUUCCAUUCCCUUCGUAAUAUCUAUUAUGUUCUCUCUAAUUGCGAUAGCUCGCCUUGGGAUACAUAUAUUCAUUCUAGAUCACACUCUCCUUAUAUGUUCCCUUCUUUCGCUACAUGGUUGCCUUCCAGUUCGAACUGUGUCGUGUCAGGAUCGACCCCGCUCCCUCAAAUGCUCGAGCUCAACUUCGACACGGAGGACGUGCUUAAAUCUGUCGUGCGCAACGUCGGCGACAGCUCGCGGCGGUACGGGAUCGAGACGUACCACGACAUGGACGUGCGUCGAGAACCGCGUCGGGACGAUAUGCGCCGUGAUCGACUGGGACGCGCAAGUCGUUCAAGAUUGGCGGCAAGAUCGCAGAGGUCAGCAGCUCAAGCGCAAGGGAAGUUUCUCCAGGUACGUCUGCGCGAAGUUCUGGUCCCUCCAGCCAGUCCACUGAUGCUGUGGUCCCCGCGCACUCGUCUCUGGCGCUGGUCCGAAGGCGAAGAGUACACUGUGCGGUACUCUAACUCCGCCGAGACGUGGUCGAUCACAACCGCGCAAAACGAGACCGUCGCCGAGCUGAGAUCGUGCAUCACGCCACUCUCGGGCCCCGUCGCGCUCCCGGUGCUCCGCAUCAGCUCGCUUGUGCGCAGCGAAGACGAGCGGCUGUUUUUUCCUGCUGCUGCUGCUAUACUCUGAGACGAGGCGGCUAGAUCGG